UGCGGUAACAUCAAUGGUGGAAGCAGAGUUAAAUCGACUUCAAGACGCAGGCGUCAUCACUCCAACAAACUAUUCCGAUUGGGCAGCACCAAUUGUAAUAGUGAAACGUCCGAAUGGUAAAAUCAGAAUUUGUGCGGACUACUCAACAGGUCUCAACGCGUGUGUCGAAGCACACUUUCAUCCACUGCCAUUGCCAGAAGACAUUUUCGUAAAUCUCAAAGGUCGUAAGUACUUUACUUUUGAUUUUAAUGACGCGUAUAUGCAGUUUGAUGUCGACGAGGUCACUAAAAAUAUUUUGACUAUUAAUACACACCGGGGAUUAUAUAAAUUUAACAGGCUUGUACCUGGAAUUAAAUCAGCACCGGGUGCAUUUCAACAAGCAAUCGAAAAAGUUCUAAUAGGCGUUCAAGAAGCAACACCCUAUUUAGACGACGUUAUAGUUGCAAGCAAUAAUUUAAGUCAGCAUGUAAAAUCAAUUAGACAAGUACUACAGCGUUUUGCGGAGUACAACAUCACAGUAAACUAUGACAAAUGCGAAUUUUUUCAAACUAAAAUAAAAUACUUAGGUCAUAUAGUAGAUACAGAGGGCAUUCGUCCUGACCCUAAUAAAAUAAUGGCUAUCAUAAACUUGCCAAGACCAACUAAUGUCAAUGAACUGAGGUCAUUUCUUGGCUCAGUAAACUUUUACUGUAAAUUCAUUGCAACAAUGAGAUCACUUCGAGCACCGCUUGAUGAAUUGUUACAGUCGCAGAAAAAAUGGUUUUGGUCAACAAAAUGCGAAGAAUCAUUUCAAAAGUUCAAAACUAUUUUAACGUCAGACUUGAUGCUUACACAUUUUAAUCCACAACUACCAAUUAUAGUGGCAGCAGAUGCAUCCAUGCAAGGGCUUGGAGCACAAAUUUCGCACAUUAUGCCGGAUGGAACUGAAAAACUGGUAGCACACGCAUCAAGAUCGCUGACACCCGCAGAGAAAAAUUAUGGGCAAAUUGAAAAAGAAGCACUUUCCUUGGUUUUCGCAGUAAAAAAAUUUCAUCGCAUGGUGUACGGUCAGAAAUUUAUUCUACGUACCGACCAUAAGCCACUACUUUCAAUUUUUGGAGCAAAAAAGGGAAUUCCAAUACAUUCAACAAGUAGACUUCAGAGAUGGGCUCUCACCCUAAUGUCAUAUGAUUUUGGUAUUGAACAUGUAAAAACUGAACAUUUCGGAAAUGUCGACAUGCUAUCUAGACUGAUACCACCUAAGCACGUUGAUGAUGAAGAUUUUGUAAUCGCAUGUGCUACACUAGAAUACAACAUCAGAUCAGUAGUACAUGACAGCAUCAAUACACUACCAAUUACUCAUCACAUGAUUGAAGAAUCUACACGAAAAUGCACACUACUUCAACAAGUUAUGCUUCACGUUCAGACAGCAUGGCCCAAAGAUGCAAAAUCAUUGCAUAACAACGACUUGAUCCCAUAUUUUAAUCGCAGGGAAUCACUUUCAGUUGUUGAUAACAUAUUGUUAGAUGGGGAACGCAUUGUUAUUCCAUUAACAUACCGAAAUCGAAUCCUUAAGACGUUACAUAAAGGUCAUCAAGGACAACAACGAAUGAAAGCUAUUGCACGCAGUCAUGUGUAUUGGCCAAGCAUAGAUAAAAACAUAGAAGAUUAUGUGCGCGCAUGUGGAAAAUGUCAGCUCAAUGCUAAGACACCCGUGAAAACAAAAUUAAGUUCAGGGCCUAUUGCAGAAAGAGCAAUGCAACGCAUUCACAUAGAUUUUGCAGGUCCUGUUCGUUCAAAGUACUAUCUCAUUAUAGUCGACUCAUAUUCAAAGUGGCCUGAGGCAUAUCAGUCCACAACCAUUUCAACAGCCAAGGUCAUAGAUAUUUUGUCAGACUUUUUCAACCGUUUCGGUUAUCCUGAAUCCAUCGUUUCGGAUAAUGGUACACAGUUUGUCAGUGCAGAAUUUCAGCAAUUUUGUAAGGCACGAAACAUCCGACAUUUUAAAACAGCUCCGUACCAUCCACAAAGCAAUGGACAAGCAGAAAGGUACUCGGAUAUAGUAAAACGAGCUUUAGAAAAAUCUUUCACAGAAGAGACGAAAGACAACUAAAAUCUUCAAGAAUUUCUAUUACAAUAUCGUUCAACACCUAAUCCGAAUUGCGUGGAGGGGAAGACACCAGGAGAAUUAUUCCUGGGUAGAAAGCUUCGCACAGAAAUUGACUUUUUAAAGAAACCAAAAUUUGACAGUCCACAAAAGAACACAAAAAUGGAAAAACAAUUUGACAGUAAACAUGGUACUAAACUUCGGCAGUUUUAUGUGAAUCAGAAAGUUUUUGUUAAAGUAUUUAAAAACAAUAA